AUGGAGACGGCUGAUCUUGUGGUGGAUGGUACACGUACAUCAGGAAAGGACAUUCGAGAGCAGAAUGUGACAGCAGCAGUAGCGAUUGCUAAUAUUGUAAAGAGCUCGCUUGGUCCCGUGGGACUGGACAAAAUGCUCGUGGAUGAUAUUGGUGAUGUAACGAUUACGAACGAUGGCGCUACCAUUCUUAAGCAAUUAGAGGUAGAACAGCCUGCUGGUAAGGUUCUAGUUGAGCUAGCUGGUCUACAGGAUCAGGAAGUGGGUGAUGGAACGACGUCCGUUGUCAUUAUCGCCGCGGAGCUGCUGAAGCGUGCCAAUGAGCUGGUAAAUAAUAAGAUUCACCCGACGUCUAUUAUUGCUGGGUAUCGUCUUGCUAUGCGAGAAGCUGUCAAGUACAUUAAGGAGAAUCUGAGCGUGCCGGUAGAUUCUAUCGGACGUGAAAGUCUCGUGAACGCUGCAAAAACCAGCAUGUCAUCCAAGAUUCUUGGCCCUGAGAGUGAAUUCUUUGCCAAUCUUGUGGUAGAUGCCGUAUCGUUGGUGAAGGUGGAACAGGAAGGUGUCAGAGGUAAGGGAAAGGCCAAAUACCCAGUAAGUUCUAUCAAUGUGCUGAAAGCACACGGAAAGAGUGCGCUAGAGACGCAGCUGGUAGAUGGAUUUGCUCUCAACUGCACUAAGGCGUCACAGCAAAUGCCUACGUACAUUAAGAACGCCAAGCUUGCUCUAUUGGACUUUGAUCUGCAGCGUCACCGUAUGCAGAUGGGUGUGCAGGUGAUAGUAAACGACCCCAACGAACUGGAAAAGAUCCGUCAGCGCGAGAUUGAUAUCACCAAAGAGAAGAUUCAAAAGAUGAUCGACGCUGGUGCCAAUGUGAUUAUGACUACCAAGGGCAUUGAUGACCUGUGUCUUAAAUACUUCGUGGAAGCAGGUUGCAUGGGUGUGCGUCGCUGCAAGAAGGAGGAUCUUCAGCGUAUCGCCAAGGCCACUGGUGGACAGGUUGUGCUCACACUUGCUGACUUGGAGGGUGAAGAGACUUUUGACCCCACAACGCUGGGUGAGGCACAAGAAGUUAGCGAGGAGCGUGUGGGCGACGGCGAGCUUAUUUAUGUGAAGGGCUGCAAAACGCGUCAGGCCACCACUGUGGUCCUGCGAGGUGCCAAUGAAAACAUGCUUGACGAAAUGAACCGCUCGAUGCAUGAUGGGUUCAUGGUAGUUAAGCGUAUGCUUGAGAGCAACCAGCUUGUUGCUGGUGGCGGUGCUGUAGAAGCAGCUCUGUCUAUCUACCUCGAGAAUUUUGCUACAACGCUGGGCUCCCGAGAGCAGCUGGCCAUUGCUGAGUUUGCCGAUGCGCUGCUGGUUAUUCCAAAGACUCUGGCAGUGAACGCUGCCAAAGACGCCUCAGAACUGGUGGCACGUCUUCGUGCGCACCACAAUACAUCGCAGAGUGAUGUUUGCAAGCGAGAACUGCGUUUUACAGGCUUGGACCUGCUCGGGGGUAACGUGCGCAACAACCUGGAGGCUGGUGUCGUGGAGCCUGCUAUCAGCAAGAUUAAGAGCCUCCGUUUUGCCACUGAAGCUGCCAUCACCAUUCUGCGGAUUGACGAUUUGAUCAAGCUCAACCCUAAGGAAGAGCCUCAGCAGUAA